AUGAUGCUGAACUCUAGACUAGCGUUUGCUAGUAUAAGCAGAAAUUUCGGCCUUGCUAGAAGGUCAAUUGCCAGCUUGGAUGCCUCUAAACUGAAAGUUACAAAGAAAACACCACCAUCACAACCCAGACCUAAUGAUGAGCUUGUUUUUGGUCAGACAUUUACUGAUCACAUGCUUACAAUUGAAUGGACUAAAGAGAAAGGUUGGGAUAUCCCGGAAAUCAAGCCAUAUGGAAACUUGACCCUAGAUCCAUCUUCUUGUGUAUUCCACUACGCCUUUGAGCUUUUUGAAGGUUUAAAAGCUUACAGGACCCCAGACAAUAAGAUUACUAUGUUUAGACCAGAUAUGAAUAUGAUUCGUAUGAACAAAUCUGCAGCUCGAAUCUGUUUACCUACAUUUGAUAGCGAAGAGUUGAUCAAAUUAAUGGGCAAGCUAAUUGAACAGGACAAACAUUUGGUUCCAACUGGAACUGGCUACUCAUUGUACAUCAGACCAACUUUGAUUGGUACCACAAAUGGCCUAGGUGUCGGUACUCCAGACAGAGCAUUGCUUUUUGUCAUAACCUCUCCAGUUGGUCCUUAUUAUAAGACUGGUUUCAAAGCUGUCAGGCUAGAAGCUACUGACUACGCAACCAGAGCUUGGCCAGGUGGUGUUGGUGACAAGAAGUUGGGUGCAAACUAUGCUCCAUGUAUUCUUCCACAACUUCAAGCGGCAGAAAGAGGUUAUCAACAAAACCUUUGGUUAUUCGGUCCCGAAAAACAUGUGACAGAAGUCGGUACUAUGAAUGUAUUCUUUGCCUUCAAAAAUUCUGUUACCGGAAAGAAAGAACUUGUGACGGCUCCAUUAGAUGGUACUAUUUUGGAAGGUGUUACAAGAGACUCCAUAUUGACACUUACAAGACAAAACUUAGAUCCAAACGAAUGGGAAAUUAAUGAACGUUACUAUAGCAUUAAUGAAGUUGCUGAAAGAGCUGCGAAGGGUGAGCUAUUAGAAGCUUUUGGCGCCGGUACCGCUGCUGUUGUUUCACCAAUUAAGGCUAUCGGAUGGCAAGGAAAAGAUAUUGAUGUGCCAUUGAUACCUGGUGAACAAUCUGGUCCAAUAACUAAACAAGUGGCCCAAUGGAUUGCUGAUAUUCAAUAUGGAAGAGUAAAACAUGGUAACUGGUCAAGAGUAGUAGCUCAAUUAUAG